CCGCCCCCCGAGAAGCGGAAGGGUUUCCCGUGCGUGUUUAGAUGCGGGAGAUGGAGGAAAAAGGAUCGGUUUUGUCCUUUUUGUCUCCAGAGGAAUCUUUAAUUUGAAACCCACCCCUCACCCGAGGCUUUUCUCUGCGUUUCUCUCCCCACUUGCGCCUUUGCCUUGCGCCCUCCUUUCCUUGCUUCGGUGCUUCCCCCAGGUUCCUAGAUCUCCUUCCCGCAUUGCCUGAUGGAGGGGCAACAUAUAAUGGCCCAGGUCCACAUCCAAGCUCCCUCGUCCAAUUCCGUAGCCGGGGAAGAAUCCAGGCGGUUGCCGAACCCCGUGCGAGUUGCAGCCAGGGAAAGCAUGGCCGGAGGACGUCUGUUGGACAGUCACAGCCUGGAUGGGAUAAGCCAGGUAUACGGGGCAUCCAAGAACCAAGAAGGCAGGAGGGCCACUAUAUCGAGCGCCUUGGAAUUGGAAGGAACCGUGAGCUACGAUGGAGACCUGACACAUUUUGUGGCCAACAACUUGCAAAUGAAGAUCAAGAUGAGCUCUCGGGGCAGCCUGGAUGAAACAGAGCCCACCUCCUCGUCGAUGUCAUCCCAGCACUCUGUCCGAGGCAAGACUGCAGACAUCCCUCCAGUGGAUCCCCAGGUCCUUCGGGAUCUGGAAAGGCUGACCACGGACGUGGCACAGAGAGUGGACCAGAUGUUGAGAGCCUUGAACAGCGCCAUCCAGAAUAUGACGGCUCUCAGCGUAGGCUACAUCCAGACCUACCGAGAUGCCGUGGACAGUUUGGGUGAAUCCGUAGACAUGAGCAUCAAAGGGAUGUACACUCUGAUGGCCAGGUGCGAGGAGUUAGACCGCUCCAUGCAGCCUGUCCACAUCCUCGCUAAGCAGAUCCGGGAGAUUAAGAGGACUCUGGAGAUCUUUGAGGCCGUCUGCAAAUAGGACCCUUUUUUUGGAAAGGGUUUUAUUUGUGGAGCAGUGGGGAAUAAACAAGAGUGAGCAUUGGACUUCCAGGGAUUUGGGCUUUGAAAGGGAAACUCAUGUUUUUCAUGAAACGUUUCGAGAAAUAAAUUAUGCCACUACUGUA